AUGGCUCGUUUACUCUUAGCCGCCGUAUGCAUCUCUUUAUUGGUACUUGCUACGUUUGCUGAUAUCGAACACGAAGAGCACGGACAUGGUCAUGACCACGACCACGAUGAUCAUCAUCAUCAUCAUCAUGAUCACGACGGACACGAUCAUCACGACCAUGAAGCACACAAGAAUCUGUUCACAGGAGGAAUAAAAAUGAAAAAUGAAGAAGAAGAACAAGAACAACUUCGUUUUAUUGCGAUGAAAAUCGAUGCCGAUCAAAAUGGUAAAAUUUCUCGUGAAGAAAUGCGUAACUAUAUCGAACAACGCAUGAAAGAACAACAUGUACGUGAAGCGGAUGACUUUAUCUCUACACUUGAUCCCAGUAAAACAAACAAGAUUUCAUUUCAAUCGUAUACCCGAGAUAAUUAUGGCGAUUUGAAUCUUAAUGAAUUAGAAAAGAAAGACAAGUCGGAUUUACGUUCACGUGAAACACGACGUAAUUACCUGUCCGAUAAAGCAAAAUGGACACAUCUUGAUGAAGAUGGUGAUCAGUAUUUAACCUACGAACAAUUCCGAAAAUUCCUUCGACCAGAAGAUCAUGAAGACUUACGUAAACUUGAAAUUACCAGUAUUCUCACAGAAUACGAUGAUAAUAACGAUGGAAAGAUCUCCAAUGAUGAAUACUUGAAAAUGACAGAAGCAGAAAGUGGCACAGCUGAAUCUUUAGGCGAAGAGCUCGAUACAAACAAAGAUGGUUUUGGGGAUUACGAAGAAUUUGCUCGUUAUUAUUUACCAACAUUAUCCUCAGCAGCCGACGAAGAAACCGAUCAUUUGCUUAAAGAAUGUGACACGGAUAACAAUGGUUAUUGCACAUCGGCCGAAAUCGUCGAUGCUUACAGCUCAUUUGCCGGCUCGCAAAUAACAGAUUUUGGUGCUGAUCUCGAAAAGAAAGUGGAGCUCUAA